AGUGAUUGUGAAAGCCACGAACUAUUAUAUUGUUUUGUGAUAUAAAUUAUUUUAUGAGUUUUGUCUAGCUGUAAAAUCAAUUAUUAAAAUUGGUAACGAGUGGUUGUCGGUUUACUUUUUAAAUAACAUUUUUAAUUUACACAUCGUAUUAAAUCUUGGUUUUUAGAAUAAAAUCAAUAGUAAAGGUUUAAAAAUGGAUAUGGAGGAGGAGAUAAUUUAUGCAGAUGAAGAAGAAAUUUCAUAUUUUCAAUCUAUUACAGGUUAUCUAUGGAGUUUUUUAGAAUUUGUUCAAAAUAAUGGAUGGUACUUCCUGGCUUUUAUAAUAUUGUUGGCAUAUUUAGUCCCCAAAUUAUGGCCUCAUUAUUUAAAAUGGUCAGAACAAAGAGCAGUAGCUGCAUAUGAUGCAGACAUUAAAAAAAAUCCAGAUUUAUUUAAACAAAAACAAGAGGAAUUACAAAGAGCACGAGUAAAAUUCCAAGAAGAAUAUGAGAAAAAGGCUAAAAUAGCACUUGAAAAACAAAAAGAAAAAGAGAAGAAAUUAUUAGAAGAAAAACAAGCACUUUUAAAUAAUGGAAUGGCUGCAGGACAGUCUAUGAACAGUUCUGAAAAGUCAAAAAAUUCAAAACCAGAUUACAAACCUUUAAUGGGAUCUGGCAGUGGCUCAAAUUAUAGACCUCCAAGAAGAAGUGCAUGUUCUGGAGGUGGGUGUGGAUAAAAGUGAAAAAUAAAUAUUCUAUUCCAAUAAUUAAUAUCUAUGUACAAUUUUAUAAUAUUACUAAUAAAUAGUUUAUUUCUUCAGCUCAUAUUAUGCCUUUUGUAAACAAAAAUUACAAUAAUUGUAUCUGAACUACAGUAAAUAUUAAAAAGUUAUAGGUUAUAAUAUAAUAUUAUUAAUAUUAUCAUAAUUUUUUUUGUCAUCACUCAUAUGUUGAAACAAUAAUCCUAGAAUAUAAUAUUUUAUUUAUGCAACCAAGAAUUUUAACAUAUGUAGUAAACAAACUUAAAUUAUAUUAUUAUAUAUUUACUAUUGAUUUUAGAAUAAGAUAUAACAAUGAAAUAAAAAUAAAGUAUAAACAAUUUUAUAACUUAUAA